UUCCUCCUCCGCCUCGAACCUGAACCUGAAACAUUUUCCUCCAGCUUGAUUCAGAUGUUAGAGAUGAGUGGAACAGCUGCUCACAACAAACAGAGCUGAGGUGAAACUCUGGGAUUCUGGUGUGUCAACAGUUCUGUGUGUUCAGAGGCGAGUUCAUCGACCCUGAAGAGCAGCAGAGCCCCGAGGAUCAGAUCAGGUCCACAGAGACUCCACACCACGAGACAAACCUGACAACCAGCCGCAGACGAGACGACAGCUGAGAUUAAGACCAACUGCACUUCAGCCUCCAGAUCAGCAGGAAGGUGUUCCAGGUGCUCCAGGUGUUCCAGGUGCUCCAGGUGUUCCAGGUGCUCCAGGUGUUCCAGGUGCUCCAGGUGUGUGUGGGGACAUUCAGCAUCAUGGUAGUGGGCCUGCAGGUUGUGGGUCUGGUUCUGGGCGUGGUGUCCUGGUGUCUGCAGUCCAGCAGUACCUCCUCUCAGGUGUGGAAGGUGAGGAGUCAGGUGGAGUCCAUCUCCAGCAGUCAGUGGCAGUAUGAAGGUCUGUGGAUGAGCUGUGCUGCGACCUCGCUGGGAUCCAUUCAGUGCAGCAAGUUCAAGACGGUCCUGGGUCUGCCAGUCCACCUGCAGGUGUGCAGAGCUCUGAUGAUCCUGUCCCUGCUGGUCGGUCUGGCCUCCAUCAUCGUCUCUAUUCUGGGACUGAGGUGCACCAAGAUCGGCAGAACCUCAGAGUAUACCAAAGACCAGAUCGCCCUGGCCGGUGGGAUUCUGUUCAUCCUGUCCGGCCUCUUCACGCUGAUCGCGGUCUCCUGGUACGCCGGCCGAGUCAUCCAGGACUUUUACGACCCGCUUAACGGACAAGUCAGGUUCGAGCUGGGUACUGGUCUGUAUCUGGGCUGGGCCGCCUCGUGUCUGGCGGUCCUGGGAGGAUCGAUGCUCUGCUGCUCCUGCAGGAGGACUCCCCCCCCCCCUGCAGGGCAGUUUUCAUACAACUUCACCAAAACCAGUCGAGGUCCGCAGAUCUACCGAGCCGCUCCGGCCUCCAACAGCAGCAGCUCCAAAGCUUACGUCUGAUCACUUCCUGUCUGAUGGAGGCGGUGGGCGGAGCCUGGCGACAUCAGUCAUUUUCAUCACGCUGGAUUAUAAGACUUUUAUUUUCUAAAUGUAAAAUUAAAUGUAGUUUUUUUUAUCUGAAGGAGUUUUAUUUUGAAGGGCCCUCUUCUUUUGAUCUCUGCCUAAAUCUUUUGUAUUACUGAUGUAAAAGUUUAACAGAUACAACAGUAAAAUGAUUCUGAGGUCCAUGUUGUUGACACAUGUUGUAAAUAAAUCAUGACAGAUCUCAGAUCAGCUGCAGCUGCUCACACCAGCAGCACUCCUGUUGUUAUAUAUAUAUUAAAUAUGUGGAGCUGUUGUCUGUUGACACUCGUCUCUUAACGGGACGAGCGCAUUUUUUAUCACAUGAUGUUAAUUAAAUUAAACAAUUAACGUACAUUUAUUGAUCUUCUGGCUUGAGGAACCAGA